CUAACAAUCGUUUUGCCGCGUCUUCUAUCUUUCUAAGCCCAGUACAUGUAAGAUGAAACCCCAUUUAUUUUAUGCUUUAUUGGCAUGGUUGGUUUGCGUGGAAGCUUCUUGGUGGGACAUAUUGCCAACAUGCUGGAACCGCAAACUUGUUGGUAACUGUACUCAGAAGAUACCAUCAUGGUACUAUAGUUACUGGAGUGGGAGAUGCAAAGGCUUCCUCUACAGUGGAUGCGGCGGCAACACCAACCGAUUCCCUACGGAAGGGGAAUGCCAAACUGCUUGCACAAGCCGCGUUCGACCUAGAGAAGUUUGUAGCUUGAAGCUGAAAGCUGGACUUUGCCAUGAAUUUCGGCCGUCAUGGUAUUAUGACGUCGAGCACGACCGAUGCCGUGGUUUCAUAUACAGCGGCUGUGAUGGGAAUUUGAACAGAUUUCCAAGCUGCGAGAAGUGUAUGAAACGGUGCAGCGGCAACAACAACUCAACGGAGAUAUGCCGCAGACGUACAGAAGCAUUUCGCAAGAGACACAAUUUGGGGCUUCAAGAAAGCGCCAACACUUCAUUGGGAAGAUUGGAAAGAAUAUUUCUCGGAUAAAGCAAUCAAUUAGGCAAUAAACUUCAAAAGGCAUUUCUAUGACCACCAA